AUGUUAACUACUACCUUGAAUCAUAGAGAAUCUUACACUUGUUUUCUUCACAUUGUAGUUGUUAAUGCAGAUUGCUCUAGCGCUCCCUGUCAAAAUGGUGGAACUUGCACAGUUGUUUCUGGUGGGUACAGCUGCGCAUGUCUGCCAGGAUUUACCGGUAACGAUUGUGAAAACGGACAAUAUUUCGAAUACGAAAGACUAGGAUGCUAUAAAGAUGCAGCUACCUCAGCCAUAGCUAGCCUUGAGGGAGUAGACCCGAUUUUAGACGGCGCCCCCAAUGUUCGAACUCACGCCAAACGCAAAUGCGCCUUAGUCGCUGUAAACAGAGGCUACACAGUAUUCGCUGUACAGGACGGCGGAAAGUGUUUUUCUGCAGACGACGCGCAUUUGACCUACUUCAAGUACGGCACAUCAUCAUCAUGCGUGGAUGGCAAAGGUGGAGUCCUGGCCAACGAUGUCUACGUCCUGGGGGCGAAAUGUGGGAAUUUCAUUCAGAACGACAUUAUGCGAAAAUCAUCAAACCUAUUCCAAGCCUCUUCGUUCAAGGAUGGAUUACGGGGCAUACCUGUUGUGGGUCAGAGUUUUGCUUGGUGUCCUACAAGUGUUGAUUCUAAUCCUUACCUGCAAAUCGAUGCUGGCAAAAAGAUAUAUCUUACCUCAGUCACGAUCCAAGGCAAGGCCGGAGGAUACACCGACUCCUUCCCAUCACAAGUCUGCAUGCAGACAUUUGAGUCGGGGGCGUACAAGGAUGUCAAUAGAAAUUAUACUUCUAGCUUGGUAAAAAUUUAUUAUGCAUAUAUAUUGUAGAUAAAUGUUGCCGAACUG